CAGAGGAGAGAAGGAGCACAGAGAGCCAAACAGAAAUAAUUCGGGAUUAGGGUUAAUCUCUCUCCCAAACUCCGCCCAAUCUCUCUUUCUCUUUCUCCGCCGCGCGCAACUAUAACCGCUACCUAUAUAUUCACACACACACACACACUGGUACUGCUUCUCAGCUAUCAUGAGCGGUCAAACCUCUUGCAAUAAUGACCGAACGAGAACGUACUGGACCCCAACGAUGGAGCGUUUCUUCAUAGAUCUAAUGCUCGACCAUCUCCACAGAGGCAACAGAACCGGCCACACUUUCAACAAGCAAGCCUGGAACGAGAUGCUCUCCGUUUUCAACUCCAAGUUCGAGUCCCAGUACGACAAAGACGUGUUGAAGAUCCGGUACACGACUCUUUGGAAACAGUAUAACGACGUGAAGAGCCUUCUUGAUCAUGGAGGGUUCUCUUGGGACCAGACUAAUGAGAUGGUGGUCGGAGAUGAGAGUCAGUGGAGUUGUUAUCUCAAGUCUCACCCUGAGGCGCGUGUCUACAAGACCAAACCCGUGUUGAAUUUUAAUGAUCUGUGUUUGAUCUAUGGGUAUACGGUUGCAGAUGGGAGGUACAGUAGGUCAAGCCAUGAUGUAGAGUUUGAAGAUGAGAUCAAUGGAGUUAACAUUGGUGAAAGUAGUAGUGGAAGUCUUGUAAUGUCAAGUAAAGAAACCUCGAAAACCGAGUGGACUCCGGUAAUGGACCAAUACUUCAUCAGCCUUAUGCUUGAUCAAAUUGGAAGAGGUAACAAGACUGGCAAUGCUUUCAGUAAACAAGCCUGGACAGAUAUGUUAGCUUUGUUCAAUUCUAGGUUCAGUGGUCAGUAUGGGAAAAGAGUCUUAAGGCAUAGGUACAACAAGUUGUCUAAAUACCACAAAGACAUGGGAGCUAUCUUGAAACAAGACGGAUUUUCGUGGGACGAAACUCUGCAGAUGAUAGCUGCAGAUGAUGCCGUUUGGAACUCUUACAUCAAGGAGUAUCCACUUGGUAGAACAUAUAGGAUGAGGUCAUUACCGAGCUACAACGACUUGGAAUUAAUAUUUGCUAAUCAAGUCCAAGGCAAAGAUGAUGCUGUGCCAGAUGAGACUAACGCGAGCCAGCCUCAGAGUUCUGAUCGUACAAGGACGUUUUGGACUCCACCGAUGGACAACUAUCUGAUCGAUUUGUUAUAUGACCAAGUGAAUAAAGGGAACAGAGUUGGGCAGACUUUCAUCACAAGUGCUUGGAACGAAAUGAUUACAUCAUUUAAUACCAAAUUCGAGUCUCAACACGGCAAGGACGUUCUGAAGAACCGGUACAAACACUUGAGGAGGUUGUACAACGACAUAAGGUUUCUUCUCGAGCAAGACGGGUUCUCAUGGGAUGCAAGGAGAGAUAUGGUUGUUGCAGAUGAUAGCGUUUGGUAUCCAUAUAUAAAGGGACAUCCAGAAGCUCGACCAUAUAGAGUCAAAACUAUUCCAAUUUACCCAAAUCUUUGCUUUAUUUUUGGUAAGCAAAUGUCUGAUGGGAGAUACACACGCUUGGCUCAAGCUUUUGAUCCCACUCCGGCAGAAACUGUGCGCAUAAACGAAAGUGAAAGCGAAGAUGGAUUCAAGGAAACUUUCCAGAUGGUGGUGCAUGCUGCCGGUGAAGAGAAAGAUGAUUACCUCUGUAGCAGCAGUGGUCCUUCUCCGGUAGAAUGGACAGCGGUCAUGGACCGUUGUCUUAUUGAUCUUAUGCUUGAGCAGGUCAAUAGAGGAAACAAAGUUGGUGAGACCUUCACAGAGCAAGCUUGGGCGGAGAUGGCAGAAUCCUUCAAUGCAAAGUUCGGAUUGCAGGCUGACAUGUUUACUCUGGAGAAUCGUUACAUAUUGAUGAUGAAAGAGCGUGACGACGUCAACAACAUCCUUAAUCUUGAUGGCUUUGUUUGGGAUGGAGAGAAGCAAAUCAUAGUUGCUGAAGAUGAACAUUGGGAAGCUUAUAUAAAGGAACAUCCAGAUGCAACUAUAUAUAAAGGUGAAACCUUGGAGAGUUAUGGUGAUUUGUGCAAGCUAUAUGAACAUCUCUCACACGAAGGCUUCAACUGUGAGAAUCUUAUGAUCGAGUUGGAUAACUAUGGCCAUGAGAUUGAUAUGGUCGAUGAGUUUAGUUCUUCUACUCACAAGCAGCAUUGUAAGCGAACCAACCCAAUUCCAAAUCCGGGGAUAGAUUCACGUAAGGCUCAGAAGACGGGAGUGGAGAUGAUGAGGAAGCCUCUAAGUGAGGCAGAAGGUGAAGGCGAGGAUAAAUUCACAAGAAUACAGAACGCCGUUGAUGCACUACAAGCUUUACCAGACAUGGAUGAUGAGCUUCUACUGGAUGCUUGUGAUCUUUUAGAAGAUGAGAAGAGAGCAAAGACGUUCUUGGCUUUGGACGUCUCUUUAAGAAGGAAAUGGCUAGUGAGGAAGCUCCGUCCUCCUUCGUCUAACGUCUAACGUCUAACGUUUAAGCAGUGUGUGUGUCUCUCUAUUCCUACUCAAAUUUGUAAGCACAGCAGAAUAGUUUAUGUAAUGUUGUAAAAGUAUGUGGUGAUCUUAGAUACACGAUCAAAAGCAAGAGUUUAGGUUAU